AUGGAUCAACAAGAAACCAGUCUUGGAAAAUUAUUACUGGACACGCCCGCUUUUGCCGACUGCAUAUUUCAUUCCGUUGCUAAUAUAAGCCAUCUUAACACUUCUACUCAGAUAUUCCUCAUCAAACUUGCAACUUUUCUCUUCAAAAGUGAACUACUCUUUAUGAAAAUACAAAUUCAAGGGUUUCAAAAUUCCUCUCUUAAAUUUUUUCUUCUGAAUAAUUUGAAUAGUAAUUCACCAGCUGCUCUGCAUUUAGCAUGUAUUGAAUUAUUUACAAUGCUAAUUGUACACCGCUCUGGCGUUAACUUUCUUCUAGAACAUAAGAUAUGGCAAGUGAUACUAUACCCAGACGUUCACCGUAGGCCAAAACCAAUUUCAGUAGCCACCUAUAAUUUUAUAACGAAACUUGUUUGGAAACUACAUGAAUACAAUUCAGAAAUGGAAUUAAUUGAAGUGCUUGACCACACAGUAAAGCCAAUUCUCAGGAGUGAAUAUUUAUACGUGCCCGUCCUUGAUACAGAAAGUGACAAAAAGUUUGCGGAUAAAAUAUAUGCACAGCUGAACGCACUAUUGGCUGUGAUGAGCGAUGUUGACAAUUACGCACCAGUUAACAAUGUAAUGCUUUUAUUAAGAGACUACUUUCUAAUAGACCAGGUGAUAUACGGGAUCUUUGAAGGAACAAAAAACAAAGAUCUGCUUAAAUUAAUUAACGCUUUUUUAUGUCGAUAUUCAUAUGGACUCUUGCGACAUCUACUGUUCGACAAGGAAAUACAUGAAUUUUGUAAUAAGGUGACCGCUUCACAUCGUAACUAUGUAGUUUUUGCAAUAAAAAAGCGGGAAUCAUUUAUAGUCAUAGACUACAUAAUCCAGUAUAAUAUAAUGUGGUCAGGCAUCGAAAAACUACAUGGAAAUAAAUUUGACUUUCCUCUAACAUUUGAACAAAAUGAGGAGACAGGCAUAAGUUUCAGUAACAAAAUCACAAUUCAUUCCUUGAAAGAGUUACUGAGAUUAAAGGACCAUUUAAAUCCAUCGCAGACUGGAACCUUAUUCCAGAGCCUCCAUUACUUGUUAGAGGUGUUUAUAUCAUGUGACGAAGCGGGGCAACUAGUUUUGAUCGAAAGUCCUAUGGAUCCCGAGGAUUUGACAAUGCUUACGCACUUGUUGAACGCGCUGAAGAUGAUGUUAAAGGAGUAUAACAUAUCAUGGUAUGAGAAUGUUGAGAUUGUUUCUAUUCAAGCAGAUCUACUAAAUUUGCUAAAACAAACAUUCUUGACGACGAAGCAUGUGGUGCAAGUUUUAGAUAUGUUAGAUAUUUGUAUGCAAAAGUUCCUAUCGCCAAGUAUGACACUUCUAGUCGACAUUAACUCUACGCCAAGUAACACGCUCAAUGAAAUUGGAAAAGUCAUCUUGUUAUACACACAACAUGAAGAUUGGGAAGUGCGGGACUCUGCACUCAAUUUGCUAAAAAGUUGUACAGAAAUAGCAUUUGUUAAAUACAAUCCUUUACAAAAAGUUAUAAAGGCGAACAACCUGAUCAUUAUUGCGGCCAAGGCGGCUCUCACCGACACGGAGUUUUAUCCUCAAUGUACCGCUCUCAGAUGCCUUGCAGCAGCAAUUAAGAUCAACAGUAUAUGGCAGGAAGUGUUAAUUACUGAUCCAUAUUUUUAUUACCAUCUGGUAUACAUACUAAAAAACCAUGAAGACGGGAUGGUGAGAACCGAAGCUGCAAAAGUAUUAACAGCAGUCUAUGCGAACCAAAAAUUCGAACCGAGAUGUCAAAGUAAAUUGUACGAAAACAUGAUGUAUGUAGCUAUAGAUGAUUUGCAUUGGGAAGUCCAACUCGCCGCUCUUUAUUUUUGGAAGCAAGCCAUUCAACAACAUUUCACUAACAGAGGAAUGUUAGACGGGAAAUUCCCUUCGGUAACUUUUUCUAAAGAGAAAAGAAAAAUUAUAGUAUUAAAUGAUAGAGAAAUACAAAGGCAAUUGACUGGAAUCAUGAACAACCUGGCCGAUAUAGGUUGUCUCACAGUUCUUUCAGAGUGUAUGAAUGUCUUACAUAACACUAUGGUAAUGGAACAAGCUUACUGCAUAGCUAAAGAAUUAAUAGAAAAGCUGGAUGAAAAUAAGUUUGAGAAAAUGAUUGAAAGUGUGGCAUCCCAGCCAGAUGAAACGCCAUCUACAUGCACAGAUAAAGUUAUAUACAAAUCAAUGGACGUAACUUACGAAACGAGUGAACAAGAAAGAGAUACAGUGAUAGAUGAUAUUUUAAAAGAGAAUCAAGGAGACCUUAUUAUGAAACUAUAUGAUAAUUAUGAUGAAAUAAAAAGUGAAAAAAUGGACAUAGAUGCGGGAUAUUGUCCGCGAAAAUCAUUGAUAGGUCCAAAUCAGUUUCUUGAAUCAUUUAGAAGUAUUGAUUAUUCUUCUAUGAUAGAGGGUAAAAAGAAAUUUAACUCUGAUUGUGUCAAUAGCUUUGACGGACUAUUAGACGAAAUGUUAAGUUUAGUUGGUAUUAAUUGA